GAACCUUCUCCAGCAGCCCAGGGAGGGGCUGGGAGGGUUUGCUGACCUGGUGGUGUCCCCUGUGCUCCCCCAGGGUGCAGAUGUCAACUGCAUGCACGGCACCCUGAAGCCCCUGCACUGUGCCUGCAUGGUGGCCGAUGCCGACUGCGUCGAGCUCCUGCUGCAGAAGGGAGCAGAGGUCAACGCUCUGGACGGUUACAACCGCACAGCCCUUCACUACGCGGCCGAGAAGGACGAGACGUGCGUGGAGAUCCUCCUGGAGUAUGGAGCCAACCCCAACGCCCUGGAUGGCAACAAGGACACCCCUCUGCACUGGGCAGCCUUCAAGAACAACGCGGAGUGCGCGCGCUCGCUGCUGGAGAACGGCGCCCUGGUCAACGCGCGCGACUACAACGACGACACCCCCCUCAGCUGGGCGGCCAUGAAGGGCAACCUGGAGAGCGUCAGCGUCCUGCUGGACUUUGGGGCUGAGGUCAGGGUGGUCAAUCUCAAAGGGCAAACCCCAAUCUCCCGCCUGGUGGCUUUGUUGGUGCGCGGCUUGGGGACGGAGCGGGAGGAUUCGUGCUUCGAUCUCCUCCACCGAGCCAUUGGACAUUUUGAGUUGAGGAAGAAUGGGAACAUGCCAUGGGAGGUGACCAGGGAUCAACAGCUGUGCCAGAAGCUCACCUUGCUCUGCUCAGCUCCUGGCACCCUCCAGACUCUGUCGCGUUACGCCGUGCGCCGCAGCCUCGGCGUUCGCUUCCUGCCCGAGGCCGUGGAGCAGCUGCCCUUGCCCACCUGCCUCAAGGAGUACCUUCUGCUCCUCAGCUGAGGGGCAG